UAAAUCUCUCUGCUGAACUCCCUGAGGGAGUGCGUGUGUUUCCUCCCGUUCUUUAUCAGAGUCCCCAAAAUAAGUAGGGCCGGGCAGGGGCUCUGGGGCUCCCUACACCUUCUCCACUUGCUGCAGGGCCUCGGCGGGAGGGAGCCUUCCCUGCCUCGGCUGCAGAGGAGCCUUGCGACCCCCAACACCAUGACUCGAAUUCCAGCGGCCACCACGCUCCUGCUCCUGCUCUCUGGCCUCUGCCACGGCGAUGUCACAGGUGCUACAAAUACAUUUACUACUGCAUCAGCACCAACAGCACUUUCCACAACAAAAAUAUCUGUGUCAACACCAAACUCAACCAAUGGUAUUACUGAACCAACAACUGAAACAUCUCCUAAAGGAAGGACAGACAGCAGCACACCCGGGGAGUCACCAGUUACUUCAUCAACAGCAAGUGGAAGUGCUGGAAACACAAUCCCUGAUGUCAUAAGCAAUGAAUCUGUCACCACAGAAGAUACAGUGACAAGUCCCUCACUUUCAAGUACUUUUCUGACAUUACAGAGCUCCCCGAACAUGACUGAGAAUCAGACUUCAAUCAAAACAACAGAAAUAUCAGUCAGCACCCAACAACCAAGUCCAUCACCUUCUGAAGUUACUGCAUCACUCUCAACACUAACAACCUCAAGGAACACCUCACAGUCUCAAGGCAUCAAAGAUGGAAAAAAUACAAGUUCUUUAUCAACCAGCCCUUCUUAUUCCAGUGUCAUUUUGCCAGUGGUCAUCGUUUUGAUUGUCAUAACUCUAUCAGUGUUUGUUCUGGUGGGUUUGUAUCGAAUGUGCUGGAAGAAUGACCCAGGCACACCGGAAAACGGAAGCGAUCAACCGCAGUCGGACAAAGAGAGUGUGAAGCUGCUCACUGUCAAGACAAUUUCUCAUGAGUCUGGUGAGCACUGUGUGGCAGGAAAGACCAAGAACUGAGAAGAAUCCGCCUACACCGGGCAAUGAGUAUGCUUCAUCUUCAGCUUCUCUGCUCCAGCAGUGAGAAGAGAGUCUCGGGGAAUCAGCCCUGACGUCCCCUCCCGUUCAUCAGUCGGUAAAGUGACUUCGAGAUGACUUGCAGUGACGGAAUCGGAAAGAACGGCAGGCUUCUCCGGUCCCCACAGUGUAGCAAAGCAUAUCACUCCACCUCCAGGGACCUCCCGGGAGAGCCAGGUUCGGGGGCUUUGUGAGUGCUGAACCCCAGCCGGGGCCAAGCUCACAGCUUCCAGGGCGUACAGCUUUAUCUACGGAAAUAUCCCCACUUUCUUGGUGUUCUCAUAUUACCCAGGGUUUGUAUUUAUUGUUCUAUACUAUGUUAAUGGAGGGAAACUGCAAGUGUAUUAUUGAGUAUUAUUAUUAGAAAUCAUACCGUGCCACGUUGUACAUAUAGGUAUUUUAUUCGUGUUUCCAUGUGUUUCUUUAAUAAAUAAUUGCUGCAGUUAACUAAAAGCAUCCCCACGUCACUGGGAAAUGGAAGUGGUAUUGUCUUCCCUUGAUUACGAGUAUCUUUGGAUUGUUUCUUAGAGUGGAGACCUAAUCAGACUCUGAGAGAAGCUUCUGUAAUAAGUGAGAAAGAGACAAAGGGUCUGUGCAUCAGAUGCUCUUAGGGGACAGAGAUUUACCAUAUUUUUUUGUCUCUCUAUUGGUAAUUGCUCUGCCUGACAAGGAUAUAAGGAGACUUGCAAGCUCUGGGCUCCAUUCAUGAAGAAGGGGACAGGAUGGUGGCUUCUCAUUAAUCUAUUUGGUUGAUACUAACUCUGUACAUGUUUUAUUUCUUUUAGAAAUGUAAUGACUUGUUCUAGCAAUCAUUGCUAAAACUCCGGAUUGUACAAAAUCAACAUUUCCUAAAUACAUAAUUGGGCUGUUAA